ACAAGUGGACUCUGCCUUGAUUAGACUACAUUGUAGCAUUAUUUUUGCUUCUGAGUGACACAUUUUAAGGGAGAUGUUAAAAAAUUUAAGAGCAUCAGUAUGCAGGAUGGUGAAGAGCCUGAGAAUCAUGUUACAUGAAGAGCACUCAAAAGAAGGAAGCCUCCUUUACCAAAGACCUUCGUGCCCAGAUUAUAGAAAGGAUCAUUUACCUAAAAUUCAACUGCACACCUCGUAUAUAGGAGAGAAGCGUCCAGCAUUGGAGAAAACUGGAGAUCUCAGAUAUUUAUGGAGGCCUGCCUCACACAUAAGCUUACCAGCAAAAUACAAACACGAGUAUGUUGGUGAAGUUGGCUGGGGGAUACCGGAGUAUGAUUUUAUCAACAAAACAAGGCUUGAGAGUGGCUUUCAUAUCAAGUAUCAAGAACUAAGUCAAGCUGCUAUUGAUGAACUAAGCCACAGAUACCAAAACCCAUGGCAACCAAGACCUUGUAUUAUGGAUAUGCUAGGAAGAUUCAGCCGUGGUCGAAUUGCCUGGAAUAUGGGCAAUUAUGAGGACAUGGAUCAAAGGAAUUCCAAAGGGGCCUCCCUCAUUAGACAGAGUAAGGCAGGACUGCCAGGAGCUUCCGGACCACCUAAGCUGCCAAAGCCACCGAAAAAGGCGGAGAAAAGGAGAUUUCAGCCCCGAAAUCAGAAGGAUGCACCUUGCUACUAGAAAGAAAAUCUGCCUUAAUAUAUCGAACAAAAGUUAGUUUGUAGGAUCCCGUAAGCUCUUCUCAUAUUCAGAGACAGAUGUCGUGC